UUGCUAACUUCAUAUUAGUCAAUAGUCUCUGAAAAGGAGACUUUUAUAGAACAUUCAAAUAACAUAUGAUAAAUGUUAAAUAAUUAUAUAAAACUAGGUUAAUUCUGUAAAUAAAUAUUAACAAACGUAAUAAAUUUAAGGAAUGGCAUCUUUAUUACGAAAAUGUACUGGAUUAAUUCGAUCGAAUUCCAUACAUAACCGAGGAAUAUUGGCUCAAACAUUACGUUUUACUGCAUCGGAGGCAGCAAAAGAAGAAUCCAGACCUACGGUCAGGAAACCAGAUUUGACAGCUAGAUCACAACUUACUGAAUUUGGACAGUAUGUAGCUGAAUGUUUACCUAAAUAUGUAGAAAAAGUACAAUUAACGUCUGGAGAUGAAUUAGAAGUUCUUAUAAUACCUGAUGGUGUCACCCCAGUUUUACAAUUCUUGAAGGAUCAUCAUAAUGCUCAGUUUGCCAGUUUAGUUGAUAUAACAGCUAUUGACGUUCCUUGUCGCCAGAACAGGUUUGAGAUUAUAUAUAAUUUGUUGUCUCUAAGAUAUAAUUCUCGCAUACGAGUUAAAACCUACGCAGACGAAUUAACUCCUAUUGAUUCGGUAUGUGAUGUAUACAAAGCUGCAAAUUGGUAUGAGCGUGAAGUUUGGGAUAUGUAUGGUGUCUUCUUUGCAAAUCACCCCGAUUUGAGACGCAUUCUUACUGAUUAUGGUUUUGAAGGACAUCCUUUCAGGAAAGACUUCCCAUUAUCUGGUUAUGUAGAGGUUCGUUAUGAUGAUGAAAAGAAACGUAUUGUACUUGAACCUUUAGAAUUAGCUCAAGAAUUUAGACGAUUUGAAUUAGCUGCUCCAUGGGAACAAUUUCCAAAUUUCCGUAAUGCUGGUACAACCGAGGUACCAAUUGGUGGUGCUGCAAAAAUAGAAGAUAAACAAACACCCAAGAAAUAAAAAUAUGUAAAUGAAUGUUAGAUUAUUUGUACCAUUGUUUAUUUAAAAUAUUA